AUGCUGGAUGAUUUGCAGGAACAUCAUAAAGAUAAAAUUAAUGGACAUGACUUUCACAAACUAAAACAAAGUUACAAGGAUAAAAUUACCGAAUUUAUCAUUAAAAUAGAAGAUCAGACUGUCAAAACUAAAUUAGGUGUGCAAAAAGCUAUUGUAAACGUAUUCGAUAUAUCUAACAUAAUCAUUAGAAAAUUGCUAAGUCAUUUAAAUAUUGGUCCAAUAGAUGAUGCUCUUCAAAAUCACAAUACAUCAAAUAAUAUUUUACAAAAAGAAUUUGAAGAAGAAUUAAUCUUCGAAUAUAUUUAUGUAUGCACAGAAUAUGAUAUAUGUAGAUCUAGGGAAAGUUUUAGCGAUUUUUUAGUAGAAUUUUUGAAGAUUAUUUUAAAAACUGACAAUCGCAAAGUAAAACAAGCCUCAGAUGCCUUAACAGAAGUGCUCAAAGAUGUCGAUUUCGCAAAAAUAAUGGACUGGGAGUCAUACAAAAUAUUUAAAGUUUUAAUUGCUAAAAUGGAAUUCAUGGAUGAAUUAGGCACAAGAGCCAUUUUAACUAUUUUAAAAAGCAUAAUUGCAAAUCGUAACCAACCAAUUAUUUUAUAUGGCACAGAAGAUCAGGCAUUAGUUAACAAAACUGUAAUAUUUCAUGACAUUUUAAAUGAUUUUGAUAAAGCACUCCCGGGAAAUAACGAAAACACUGGAGAGUGGGAUCAUUUGACAAAAAGCUUGUCUAGUUGGGUGAUUGGAAAAAAUAAUAACAUUUUAAAUAUUACUAAAAAUCUAUUUAAAAAUAUUGAAAAGGGUAUUGAUAAAAUGAUGGAAGAAGAAGCUGAAACAAUGAGAAAAAAUAUACGAUUAAUAUUAAUUAAUGAUUAA